AGCGACCCGCGCCUUCCGCCUCCCCAGCCGAAUCGCCCGCCGAUGGCGCCGGUGGUGGCGGUGGUGGGCUGCGGCCCGGGGAUGGGCGGCAGCGCGGCACUGAAGUUCGCGCGGAGCGGCUACGCCGUGGCGGCCAUGUGCCGCAGCGCCGAGAGCUUCGCGCCGGUGCGGGAGAAGCUGCAGGCGCUGGGCGCUUCCUUCGGCUUCUACGAGGUGGACGCCACCAGCGCGGAGUCCGUGGCCGCGGGCUUCGCCAAGGCCAAGGCGGAGCUGGGGGUCGUGGAGGUCUUGGUCUACAACUGCGGGGGCGGCGGCUUCGGGAUCUCCGUCUUGGACAUCGAUCCGCAGACCUUCCGCAGCUCCUUCGACGCCUCCUGCACGGGCGCCCUCUUGUGCGCCCAGGCGGUCCUGCCCUCGAUGUUGGCCUCGGAGGGCAGCGGGCAGUUCGCGGUCAAGAAGAAGGGGACCUUGAUCUUCUCCUCGGCGACCUCGGCCUUCCGCGGGGGCAACGGCACGGCGCAGUUCGCCUGCGGGAAGCACGCGCUCCGCGCGCUGUCGCAGUCCAUCGCCAAGGAGUACGGGAAGCAAGGCAUCCACGCCGUGCAUGUCCGGCUGGAUUGCGUGCUAGACACCCCGGGGUACCAGAAGAAGAUGCCGCAGAUGUACGCAGAGCACAGGAUGGGAUGCACUGACGACAUUGCAGAGACCUACUUUGCACUGGCGCAGCAGUCACCUCUUGGCUGGUCCAAUGAGGUGGAUAUUCGCCCCUUCCAGGAGGGCUGGUCGUGCUGAACCUCAAGAUUGAAAGAUUGAUUGAACAAAGAUAUGUAC